AUGAAGUUUGAUCUACAAGUGAAUAGCUGUACUCAUUCUCCUUCGUAUGCGAAUGAAGCACAUACCCGUUCUCUGUCUCCUUGGGAAUACAGGUGAAUAUGAAUUUUUAAUCUGUGAAAUAUUUAGCCUUACAUUUUAAGUGUCAUUUUAUUAUAACCCCAUGCAUGAAACCUAUGGAGUCUAUACCACAGGGUGCCUAAAUUUAUGUUGCCUAGCAACUGCUUCACUUUUCUAUUCUACAGUGAUACCUGUCAUAUAUAUUCUGUUUAAGCUGCAUUUUAUUUUAAAUGUUCUUCUGUAGCAAAAUAAAGUUUUAGGGGAGAAUUACCAAUGUGAAACAGGUGUCUAUGUAUACACGAGGGAAUUGAUCAAGACUGUUACAUUACUAAGUACUGUUUUUUUUUUUUUUUUUUUAAUAAUUAAACUAAGUGCCCUUGAUGUAGCUUAGUACAAUAAAACUUUUGUAGCUUUAUUGUACAUCUCUGUUGUUAUUUUGUGGGAUGUGCCCCAUAUAUACAAAUCUCAAAUGACUCCCUUUUGGGUUACCCCUCUUUUAGACUUUAACCCCACCCGGUUUAGAUCUGCUGUCAUCCUAUUUUGGUACCUGCCACUAAUCACAGAUAUUUGAGAAUUGCUAAAAUAACCACGGUUGUCUGCUAGUUUGUGUAAUCCAUACUUGGUUUGAUAAUUAUAUCUAUCAGCUAAACACAUAUGUAUUCAACCAUGUUCUGUUUUAUUUCUGUAGUAUGAAUGAGGACAAGAACAGGUUCCCAGCCAUCAUUGCUGAGGCAACAUGCACACACAAUCGAUGUGUGGAUUCCACCGGUAACCUGGACUCAAGUGCGUCUUCUGUUCCCAUCAGCCAAGAAAUAUUAGUCUUGAGGCGUCCAGAGGGAGAUCCUAAAAUGGGCAUCAUGCUGGACAAGCAACUAAUCACUGUGGGAUGUACUUGUGUUUGGCCUAAUACACACGAAACAAAACAAAAUUAAUUAACAAACUGUUAUAUUCAUAGAAAACUUCUGUCUGACUCUCUUUCUUCCUUGUAUCUCUUCCUCUCUCUGUUUCUCUCUCAUUAUAUACACAUAUAUUCUCUUCUCUCUCUCUCUCUCAUGUGUAAAUGAUUAUAAUUAUAUAACUAAUUAUAUAAAUGUUAUUUAUUAGGAAAAACAACACUGUGACAAAGCAGUGAAACAUGUGCAUAUAUAACCAACGCUAUAUUAUUACUUUCAUUUUGUUAAUAAAAAUAUAUACCAUACCACAAUAUACUUUGCUCUUGUUUGCUCUUUGUUUUGAAAUUCGCACUGCGGCCAGGAGGUUACCUUUAAAUGUUUUGCUAAAUGGGCAACUUUAGCCACUCGCGAUGGGCUAGGUGUGGAAAGGGGCGUGAGUGAGAUCAUUUUGACCGAGAUGAGUGAGUGGGCAUCCCUGAACCUAUUUGUGUGAUUAUUAACAGUUAUAUAUAGCUGACAUUUUCUGUUUUUUUUUAAAGUUAUAAAAUGGGACUAUUUAGCAAAAGUAACUGACAUACAAAAUAAUAUUGACAAAGACAAGAGGUGAAGAAAGUUUUGCAAAAGGCUUGCAAUCUAGGAAGAAUUGAUAAAGGAACCCAAGAGAAAGAACAAUUUCUAAUGGUGAAGGUUGAUGGAUAUGAUGCAUGUGUCGAUUUAGCUAAUAAAGCAGUGUGUAAUGGAUGAACCACCAUUAUACUGUUAGAAAUACAAAGUUGCAUUCCUAACGCUAUAGAAACCCUCUGCCCUGCCCCUCCACUCGUUGCCUCCAACCCCACUGAUGCAAAGGAAAAAAACCCUCUUUUUUUUUACUUACCUGACUCCAGAGCAGAUAUCCCUUGAUGCUGGGUUGGCCUCCUCCAAUGCAAGCCGAUGUGGGGAAGCUGAACAUCCAAAUAUACUGGACAUCCUCUUAAACUCCCGUCGAACAAAAAUGUAGAUUUGGGCUCAUCCAGUAGUUUCUUCAGUAGUUGGACUUUAUUGUGGAGUACACAAAUUUAUAAAACCUUUCGGCUCCCCUGUCAAUGACUUGACAAAGGCUCCAAGGAGCCGAAACGUUGUCUAAAUUGUUGUACUCCACAACAAUGCAGAAAAAAUGAGAAGAAAUGUAAUGACAGAAGAACCACCCAGGAAAAUUAUAGGUUUUCUUAAUUAGGUAUAUUUUCAGUGACCUCUUUAAGGACUCCAGGCCAAGAGAGAAUCUAAUAGAAUGGAGCAGGACAUUUCAUAGGAAUGGUGCAGCCAAAGAAUAAUGAGUAGGCAGUGUGGGAAUAGGUGGGUGACAGGAGAAGGUCACUCGCAGAGUGAAGGUAAUGCAAAGGGUGUAUUUCUUAAAUAAAAAGGGAAUGUUGAAUUGUUGGGGGCUCUGUAAGUUAAUGCCAGCAGUGUGAAUUAGAUCCUGAGUGGAACAGGAAUCCAAAGCAGUGAGGUGUGAGAGUAGUGGUGAGUCAGGAAGUUAACCUAGUGGAAGCAUUCCUUACAAUACUCUUAUCCUUAAAGUCAAAGGAAACCAGACACACUCUAGCACUGUAUGUCUGUAGUCUUCGGGGAAAGAAAGAAGGACCCUAAAGAAGGACCCAAGGCAGGAUUCUAGUUUACUCUCCUUCAUUCUUAGUUUAGAGAGGAGGAAUGGGGCCAAGCUUAACCAAGUAUAUUCAUGGCACCUGGGUCAUGGGCUCUAGGAGAAUGUCUUAGGUUGUUUUAUGGAUAUUGGGAACUCUUAAAUUCUUAAAAUAUUACCCUUUACCUCACCUCCAUGUGGGUUUAGGGAGCAUAAUGUGGCAUUUGCUAGUUGUCUACUUGAUUAACUCGUGUGAUUAACCAUCUGUGGUUUGUGGAGGGACAGAGGCUGUGAUGGGGGGAAGGGACUGUGAUGGACGGAUAAGGGCGGUAAUGGGGGGACAGAAAUUGUGCUGGAGGUAAUGGCUGUGAGGGGGGAUCAGGGCAGUAAUGUGGGGGAUAUAGGCUGUGAUAAGGGGGAUAAGGACAGUAAUGUGGGGGUAGGGGCUGUGAUACAGAUGAAGGUGGCAGUAGUGGGAGGAAAAGGGCAGUAAUGUGAGUGUGGGGGAUAGAUGUUGUGAUGGAGAGUAGGGGCAGUAGUGGGGGGAUAGGUGAAAUAUGUGAUUUUAACUUAAAAGAAAUAUAAACAAAAGUGUAUUUCCCCUCCUUGAUGCUUACCUUUGGGCAGGGAGGGAGACAUUUUGAUCCCUGGUUGUCCAGAGUGAGAAUAAGCACCCUCAGUGGCCGGCACCUGGAAAUGUUGCAGAGUGUUGCCAUGGUAACAAGAAGCACUGGCCCACAUCUGACAUUUGCAUUGUUUAACCAUCUGCUUAUUGAUGAAUGAAGAUGCUGAGCAACUAAUCAUGGUAAAAUGUAGGGGUAUUUUUGAAACAAACCAUAUUCUUGGUUAAGAUUCCAAAGAUAUACUUUGUGUACUCUAAACAUUUUCCAAACCAUCUUUAAAAUUAAUCGGUUAUGACAGGUAAAGACAGCAAACUGUACCUGAGAGAAAAGUCCCAAGUUGAACUUGAAUAAUCCGUUUCUGUUAAUGUUUAGAAAGUAAGUCAUUGUAGCUUUUUAAAUCCCUGUAACGUGACUUUUCAAAACAAGCUAUUUGGCUGGUAUACCGAAUUCUAAUUUUAGAAAUGUCUGAAAAUCUGCCAAAUGAUUUUAAGCAAAUGUUUACCCACUGCACACCUUUCUAUCGUCUAUGAAAGUUACUUUAGGUAAAAGGUUCUUGCUAAGGUCAGAUCUAAAACAUUACCUUGAGUAAUAAGUAAUCAGUUAUCCAAGCACAACAUUUGAGUUCAAAUUGAAAACUAUAAAAAAGUAAACCCAUCUUGGUAUAUACACGUUUACAUAAAAUCAAAGUAUUGAUCCAUAUUCUAUAACAUAUCAUUAUAAAAGUAUGGACCCCUAGCUCACCUUUCCCACUUUGAUAAAGGAGUUAGACAUGAAAGGGUUACUCUAAUCUCACUGUAGUGGUUAUGUUGCCAAAAGUGUCAUGGCACCAUUCUCUAUCAAUUUUCUACAACUUGGAUGACACCGAUUGGUUGAUAGCACUGGACUCACUGCAAUGAACCCAAGUUAAUGUCAAACUAUUCCUAAAAGGUUUUACCAGGGGACAUCGCCAUGAAACUCUCAGCUUAAUAGUUAUUAGCUACAAUAGAAAACUGUAGUGGUUAUGUUGCCUAGUGUCCCUUUAAUGUGAACCCGCUUUGAUGGGUUACUUUAAUUAAUGGAACAUCCCACAUACCAUAACCACCACAGAGUGCUGUAGUGGUUAUGUCGCUAGGAACGUCAUUGUAAGAAGUAAAAUAAUGAUCCGAUUUCGUACACCCCAGGCACCACUCCCUGCCACCUCUCAGCAGCAAAGAAUGCAAGGGUGCUCCUGCUUAAGAGUUUUCAUUAAUUUCCCGAGUAAGCCAUGCCAUGCAGGUCUCUAUGAAGUGUUGCAUUGUGUUCGGACAGUCUGGAAAUCAGUCCUGUGGUUUAAGAGUGAAAGAACUAACCUGGAAUAAGAUCUCACUGCUUAGUAUAGUGGAUGGUUUUAGGGGCAAUCUGGGGCUGUCCUGUUUUUAAAAGAUAUUCUAUUCAGUUUAAUAAAUGAUUUUUUGUUUUAAAUUUUUUAUGCUGUUUGUAUAUUUUCCCAUACUUGUAUUCUACAAUAAAUUUUGGAUUUACACAUUUAAAAAAAAUAAAAAUAAAAAUGUGCUGCUGUGGAUACCUAAUGAUCAAACUAUGAGUGUUUUUAUAUCUUUUUUUGUGUGACUGCAAUCACAUGUAUGAAAUAUAUAUAAUUUUAAAAUGCACAGCACACAUUGACAUGAAGUUAUUGUAUUAUCUAAAGUAAGUUUCAUAGCAUUGUCUAUUUACUUAUUGCACUUUACAGUAUUUAAAUCAUGCUCUCUUCAUUGGGAAUUGCCCACUUCACAUAAAGUUAUACAAUAGUUAAACAUAUGCGAUGGAUUUAAGGGUUUCCUACGCACUUAGUUAUUGGUAUCCUCAAUAUGUGAUGCAAAUAAUGACAGACCUUUUUCUGAUAUAUUCUUUGGUCCUUAUAUUUCCCCUUCAGUUCAAGAAGCCACAAAUUUGCAUUACAUUCAUAUUUCCAUUGGAUGAUUUAAGAGAAACAUGAUUUACCUUUCUGUCAUGUCCCAUGUAGAUCAUUGCCUUUAAGCUGACUUCCUGUCCCAUUUAUAACAGGUACAGAAUGUAGGACACUCAGAAUCUAGGACUGACUCAGCAGUAUUUUCAGACAGAAAUAUAUGACAGCAUUUUUGAUACAGUAAUUCUAUCAUGUCAGGAAAAUUCUCAGAAAUUGCUGAAUUUAUGGGUCAGGGUUUUUUUUCUUUUGAGUUUUUUUGUUGCAUCUUGCAUUGUAUAAUUUAUUGUUUUAAAACAUUGGUCUGCCCCCAAGGCUCAUUAUUAUGGACUAGAAAGCACAUUAAAAUAAAAUAUAAAUAAGGCCAAAGUUUAGAUACUGGCCACCGGUUAACCAACCAAAUGUUGCCAGUGCAUAGUUCGGUCCAAUAUGUACAUUGAGGGGCUACUAUAAAAGGAGAUAUAUUGGUUUUUUUUUUUUGUUUGUUUGUUUUUUUAAAACUAAAUGUCUUGUUUAAAUGGGAUCAGGGAAAACAUAUUUAUAUACAAUAUAUUCAGUUUUAUUUAUUUUAAAGAUUAUUUUAUAUUGUUCACUUAUCAAGAGCUUUAUACAGAAAUGAGUUAUUAGGUUAAUGUAAUGGUUCCCAACCCAGUCCUCAAGUACCCUCUAUCAGUCCAGGAUUUAGGGACUGGUUGUGUUUUAAGAAAAAAAGAAAAAAACACUUUGGACACAACUGGGUAAUCCCAAAAUCCUUGGGGGUACUUGAGGACUGGGUUGGGAACCCCUGGGCUAGAGGAUGCAUACAAUAUGACAUAUAAUAACAAAUGCAAUGUUUUGUGGGCUCAGGACAUACUUGAAAAUGAGAGAAAUCUCAGUGUAUCUUUCCUGGUAAAAUAUUUUAUAAAUAAAUACAGAUACAGAAAGAAUAGAAAAGCCUGCUGUCAUCUUAAAGAUUUACUCCGAGUACCAUGACCUCCUCGCUGACUUGUAUUUUUACCUUUUCAAUAAGUAACACUGCACAUACAGAGACUUUGCUGUUAGAGGUGUGAGUCUGCUAAUACUAAAUAUUUACACAAGAUGUGUCAGCAUCAGUACCAUAGCCGUGUGCAUGGGGUGUGCCGAGUGUGCCAAGGAACACCCUAAUGCAGCCAGAUUGCUGACCUUCACCGCUUCUUUUUAAUCGGGUAUGGUGCCUAUUGAUUUAACUGGCAACAUGCAAAUUACAUUACUGCCAGCUGAGGAGAAGAGGCAGGCAUUGCUUUCUGUGGUAUUUUUCUCCCGAGUGGAGGUUGUAAGGGGUGGGCGGAUGUGACAUCAUGCCUUUUCUUUCCCAUCAGGAUAUGCUCACCCAAAGAAUACAGCAUGGAAGAUCUCCAGCAGAGUUCACUCCCUGCUACACCACUAAUGGUUGGCAGCGCAAAAAUCGUUUUUUGUAUAUGGAGCUGUGUGUUUAUCUCCUAUUGUAUCCACCCUGCCACAAAUCCCUCUCAGCUCUUCCUCUCGCACUCAUGCCUUACUGUUACCCUUAUCCUCCCAUCUGCCCCCCUGGGAGAACCCCCUAAUGAAAUGUGCUGCACAUGCCUAUAAUCAGCACACAUAUCAUGUUUGUGAUGGAUGACUAAUGGUAGCAUGGCCCAUCCCUCCAUGGGGUUCUGGGGUUCUAAAUUGCCCUUUAACACAACCCUAUCCUAGUAGAGGAAGUGACAGGACUAGGUUCAGCUUGGGAUCAGAACUGGAUUACAGGUGGGUAUCUCUUUUAAAAAUAAUUUUCUCUCUCUCUCUCUAUCUCUCUCUCUCUCUCUCUUCUUUUUUGUUUAUUAUUGACAAUGCUUUCUAAUCUCUGGGAAAUGUUCUAUUUAAAAGGUGCCAAUAAAGUCCAAGGAACAAUUAAAAGCAAAACUAAACUUCACAUAAACAAUAAAACAUAGCUUUUAAUACAAAAAGAGACAUGGGGUCAGCUUAAAUUAAGGACAAAAAGCAUUAGGCAGCUUAAUAUUAGUUUAUUUUUUUCAGUUUAAAGAUGAAAUAACGGCAUAUAAAUAAAAAAAUAAAAAAUAGGGAAUAUUUGGAUUUAGGACAGGGACUUUAAAUUCUGUCCAUCAUAGGCAUUAAUGGUCCACAACUCCCAGAAUUUUUUGAAUGCAAUAGAUUCAUAAGCAGGACUAUACAUAGGACACAAGUACACACAUUUAGACUGGAAAAAGGGGGAUUUAGUCUUAGCCAAUGGAGAGGGUUUUUACAGUAAGAACAAUAAGCAUGUGGAAUUUUCUGAAGAGUCUAAACAGCAAGUAGAUACAUACUUGCAAAAACAUAAUAUACAUGGAUAUAAUGUUUAAUUAAUGGGGUAAUAGCUUCUUGAUACAAGAAGAUAUCUGACUGCCAUUCUGGGGUCAAGAAGGAAUUUUGUUCCUAGUUUGUUGCAAAAGUGCUUUAGGCUAGGUUUUUUUUGCCUUCUUUUGGAUCAAUAGCAAAAACAAAUGUGAGAAAGCUGAACUUGAUGGAAGCAUGUCUCUUUUAUUUAACUAUGUAGAUGUAAUUUAUUUUUAAAGGUGGAAGACUGUGACAGCAUGGGUUACUCCAACCAAAAAAAAACAAAAAGAUGUUUUAAUAAUAUAAUGUUUUUGGCAUUCAGAAAUCUUUAAAAUUAAGUAUUUAUGGAAUUUUGUAUGCAAAUUGCUUAGCAAAAUCAUUACAUUCUAAGAUAGCUCAUGGAAACGGAGUCAAAGGAGAUCAGGUGAAAAUUGUAAGUUAAUAGCUGGAUAGUUUAAGAGUUUAUAAAAAUAAUUUGUAAACAAUCGGUAAUGAAAGCUGUUGCUAGGCUGAUCUUUCUCACCCGUGGUUCCUCACAUACCUCACCCCUCUGUCGAUCCUUACAUUCUGUAUCAUAGGUGUCAAUUCAAAAUAACAACCCUUACCUAUAAAGCUCUAACUAACUCUAGCCCCUCUUACAUUUCUUCCCUGAUUCAUAGAUAUGCCCCUUCUCGGUCUCUCCGCUCUGCCAGUGACCUUCUCUUGUCCGCCACUCGCACCCUUACUGCUAACUCGUGCUUGCAGGACUUCUCGAGGGCGGCUCCCUUCUUUAGCCUCCCUAACCCCAUCAGACUCUCCCUAGUCUUAAAUUGUUUAAGAAGUCCCUCAAAACACAUCUGUUCAGAAAUGCUUAUGGACUGACAGAGUAACAAAUUGAUACUUACCAAAGUCUGUCUCUUGCUCUCCUAAAGAGCCAUUCUCACCUUCAGCUCUGCUACUUUUCCACCUUGUUUGGGGGCUGUCAUCCUUGCUGCCCUGUCAUCCUUGCUCCCACCUCGUCUAGACUGUAAGCUCGUUUGAGCAGGGUCCUUAUCUACCUAUUGUUCCUGUGUCACUGUGUAAUUGUCUCAUGUAUUGUAAAUUUCCCCCCCUUUCAUAAUAUUGAAAAGUGCUUCAGAAUUAGUUAGCGCUAUAUAAAUACCAAUAAUAAUAAUAAUAAUAAUAAAUUAUAAAUUAUGAGAAGACUGAUGACUUCAAGAUAUAAAGACACCAAGAACAUGCCUAGUCACCUCUGGAAAUAUUGUGGGUCAGAACAUGCCAAUAAGAUGCAUGGUGGAGUGCUCAUGAAUUAAGCCAAAUGGAUAUGUGGCAAUGGUACAAAUGAAACAGGGAAUAUAUAUGUGCGCGUCUAUAGAGCCACUAUUUACUGUAACAAACUGAAAAAGCAGUAUAGCAAAAUAUGUCUUGGACAAUUCCAGGAACUGUUGGUUUAUUUUUUUUAAGUGUUUAUGCUAUCUUACUUACUAAUUUACUAUACCUAUAUUUGCCUUGGAAUUUUAUUUCUGCUUAUUAUUGGGAGUAUUUUGAAGAAUGAAGGUUGUCACCUGAUGAAACACCAGCAGGGACGUGUCUACCAGUGGAGAGAGAUUUUUACCGAGACCAGGGUCAAGUUUGAAGCUAUAUCUACCCCAGCUGGGCUGGCUUCUAGAGGGGCUUGUACUCCCAGAUAUCUAUGGACUGUGCCCUCAUCUCUCAAGGAAGUAUCGACUACUCUGCCUGUCCCACUUUCUCCCAGGCAGAUAUGGACCCUGUCUGCCUGUGCCCCCUUUUCUCAGGCAGGUACGACUUCACUGCAUGUCCUUCUUUCUUCGAGGCAGUUAUUGACCCCUCUGUCUGUGCCUUCUUGUCCCCUCUGCCUGUGCUGCCUCCAACUACUGCAUUUCUAAAGACACUUGUGGCUCUCAGGCCUAGCUCUCAGGAGACCUCUUAUUUAAAAUGUCUCUGGGACCAGGGAAAAGUGCAGCCAAGAAGUAGGUCCGAAGAUUCUGCUACUGAAAUCCCCAAACACAACAGACAGGACACACAGAUCCCACCAGAACUAGUACAAAAAAACCUAUUUCCACUCUGCACUAUCCCUUUUCUGUAUUACAUUACAAUUAUGGUGACAGACUUCAUCCAAAGCAUAUAAUAUAAUCAUAUGGGGAAUCAUACAGACACUCAUAUAAUACAAUACAAUACUUAUAAAGGGGUGGGGAACACAAACACUGACAAGGAAUUUGUCCCCUGCCUGCAUAAACUAAAAUAUGCAAAUCUACCUGAGUAUACAAAUUAACAAGUCUUGCUAUUCAGCACUGCGCAGGCUCCACCUAAUCAAAUCCACCUAGUUGGUACCGGGCACCAGCAGGACAGGAGAGCACAAAAGAACAUUUAACAAAUGACAUUAUUGUGGUACACACCCUGCACUUAUAAUGGCCACAUUUUCUUAUACAUAAGAAACAUCUGGGGAACCACAGGAGUUUUCAGACAUACAAAAACCCACAGUUAUAUAAUUCCCAAGAGUGAACCAAGUCCCACAUAAUCCUAGCCCAUGUUGGAACAAUACUGUGGAUCAUGGAGGCAAACAGUUAAUACAAUAGAUGCCAGAGGGAAGGGCAUAUGGUCUAUAAGUAUAUAUGUACCCAGUGACUACAGUCACACGAGCAAGCCACACUAUGUACCUAUUAUCUUUUUCUGAGAGCAACCAUAUAGGGCUAGCUUCAUAAUAGGCUCUGACCAAUUUUAUAAUAUUAUACUAGUAUAUCCCACAUUAUUGGUCAUUCUUAAUGUGAGUUGAUAAAACAAGGUAGAAUGUAAAAUAUAUACCAGUUCCAUUCAGUAUCCAUGUCUUCUGUAUAUUUAUUUUUCAUGUAGAAUCAAAUCAUUACUAGCAGCACUCUUUUAAAGGGACACUCUGGACUCCUAAAGCACUUCAGGCUCCUGAAAUGCUCUAUAUAUAAAUAAUUUGUCCUCUUUUCACUUUACAAAAAGUGCAGAUUUCAAUAGAAAUUGUCACUUUUAUAAAUUAAUCUGGAUACACCCCCUGGCUGUCAAUUAGACACCCUGCCCUGUUACCUACUGUUGAUUUAACUCAAGGUUCUCCAAAAUCUGCCCUAGAGAGGUUGCUAGUCAACUCCCAUGCUUCUUGGAAUGAAAUAGCCAGAUAAUUCAGCAGCAUCUGGAGUGCCAGGGUUUGGAGAACCCUGACUUUAGUUUAAUGGAGCUAAACUAAAAGAGUCAGCAAUUGUCUAGAGCACAUGCCUUACAAAAUCUUCUCAUUCUGUGACUGGACAGCCACAGACAGUCUGGGCGUUGUUAAAAGGGGAGGGCCUGUAAAGACUGCAGACAAGAGAUUGGCAGCUUUUCAUUCUGGUUUUAAAGAUAAACCCACAUUGAAAAAGUGCAUAAUUAAAUGCAUGCAAGUUUUAUUUUAUUUUUUGUAUUUGGGCAGUGGAAAGUCCUUUUAACUACAUAUAGACAUAGAAUCAUGUAAGAUGUAAGGAAGGGGUUAGGGCUUGGUUAGUGGUUACAGGAUGAGGUUAAGCUGCAGCAAGCAGUUAAUGUUCACAGAGAUGCACAACGAGAAAUUGACUCUUAGAGCAGCAAAAAUUAAUCUAAAGCUCCCCUCCUUCACAGUAUAUGUUAAUGACACAUGAAAGAAACAGGGGGGGAGAGGGAGAGUAUUUAGUGGAACUACCAGGGCUGCAAUGGAGUCCGUCUGUGUUGGUGGGAUCCCAGGGAGCAGAUUAUUUUGGAGGUUUUUUUUAAACUAGCUGACUCAAACACACAAUAAUUUGCUCAUCUAACACACACACCUUCCUCUUAUAAAUGACACAGCCUUGUAGACUUUUUUGGAAGAUUUCCGUUUUCUUCUCCUUCUAGUUAUGCGGGAGCUGUGAGACAAAAGCUCCUUCCCACUGAAUUAGAGGAAGCCAUGCAGACAUGGAUGGAGAAGCAAGGUAGACGGAAUGAUACAGGGCUAAACAUGAAGUAA